AUGGCGGCUGCCCCCCAGAACCAGUCCCACAAAGACAGGCUGCCUGGUCCCCCCGGCCGUCUCCUGUGCAGGAUGCAGAAGGGGACCCGGCGGUCACCGUCCUCGUCACUGUCCUCCUCACUGCCCUCACUGUCCUCCUCACUGCCCUCACUGUCCUCCUCACUGUCCUCACUGUCCUCCUCACUGUCCUCCUCACCAUCCUCCUCACUGUCCUCCUCACCAUCCUCCUCACCGUCCUCCUCACUGUCCUCCUCACCGUCCUCCUCACUGUCCUCCUCACCAUCCUCCUCACCGUCCUCCUCACUGUCCUCCUCACCAUCCUACUCACUGUCCUCCUCACUGUCCUCCUCACCGUCCUCCUCACUGUCCUCCUCACCAUUCUCCUCACCGUCCUCCUCACUGUCCUCCUCACCAUCCUCCUCACUGUCCUCCUCACCAUCCUCCUCACCGUCCUCCUCACCAUCCUCCUCACCGUCCUCGUCACUGUCCUCCUCACUGUCCUCCUCACCGUCCUCCUCACUGUCCUCCUCACUGCCCUCACUGUCCUCCUCACUGUCCUCCUCACCAUCCUCCUCACCGUCCUCGUCACUGUCCUCCUCACUAUCCUCCUCAAUGUCCUCCUCACCAUCCUCCUCACUGUCCUCCUCACCGUCCUCCUCACUGUCCUCCUCACCGUCCUCCUCACCAUCCUCCUCACCCUCCUCACUGUCCUCCUCACCGUCCUCGUCACUGUCCUCCUCACCGUCCUCCUCACUGUCCUCCUCACUGUCCUCCUCACUGUCCUCCUCACUGUCCUCACUGUCCUCCUCACUGUCCUCCUCACCGUCCUCGUCACCGUCCUCCUCACUGUCCUCCUCACCGUCCUCCUCACUGUCCUCCUCACCGUCCUCCUCACUGUCCUCCUCACCGUCCUCCUCACCGUCCUCCUCACCGUCCUCCUCACCGUGCUCCUCACCGUCCUCCUCACCGUCCUCCUCACUGUCCUCCUCACCAUCCUCCUCACUCUCCUCCUCAUCGUCCUCCUCACUGUCCUCCUCACUGUCCUCCUCACCGUCCUCGUCACCGUCCUCCUCACUGUCCUCCUCACUGUCCUCCUCACUGCCCUCACUGUCCUCCUCACCGUCCUCCUCACCGUCCUCCUCACCGUCCUCCUCACCGUCCUCCUCACCAUCUUCCUCACCGUCCUCCUCACCGUCCUCCUCACCGUCCUCCUCACCGUCCUCCUCACCGUCCUCCUCACUGCCCUCACUGUCCUCCUCACCGUCCUCCUCACUGUCCUCCUCACUGUCCUCCUCACCGUCCUCCUCACCGUCCUCCUCACUGUCCUCCUCACCGUCCUCCUCACCGUCCUCCUCACUGUCCUCCUCACCGUCCUCCUCACUGUCCUCCUCACCGUCCUCCUCACUGUCCUCCUCACUGUCCUCCUCACUGUCCUCCUCACCGUCCUCCUCACUAUCCUCCUCACCGUCCUCCUCACUGUCCUCCUCACUGUCCUCCUCACUGUCCUCCUCACUGCCCUCACUGUCCUCCUCACCGUCCUCCUCACUAUCCUCCUCACUGUCCUCCUCACUGUCCUCCUCACUGUCCUCCUCACUGUCCUCCUCACUGCCCUCACUGUCCUCCUCACUGUCCUCCUCACUAUCCUCCUCACUGUCCUCCUCACCAUCCUACUCACUGUCCUCCUCACCGUCCUCCUCACCGUCCUCCUCACCGUCCUCCUCACCAUCCUCCUCACCGUCCUCCUCACCGUCCUCCUCACCGUCCUCCUCACCGUCCUCGUCACCGUCCUCCUCACCGUCCUCGUCACCGUCCUCCUCACCGUCCUCCUCACCGUCCUCCUCACUGUCCUCCUCACUGCCCUCACUGUCCUCCUCACUGUCCUCCUCACCGUCCUCCUCACCGUCCUCCUCACCGUCCUCCUCACUGCCCUCACCGUCCUCCUCACCGUCCUCCUCACCGUCCUCCUCACCGUCCUCCUCACCGUGCUCCUCACCGUCCUCCUCACCGUCCUCCUCACCGUCCUCGUCACUGUCCUCCUCACCGUCCUCGUCACUGUCCUCCUCACUGUCCUCCUCACUGUCCUCCUCACUGCCCUCACUGUCCUCCUCACCGUCCUCCUCACUGUCCUCCUCACCGUCCUCCUCACUGUCCUCCUCACCGUCUUCCUCACAGUCCUCCUCACCGUCCUCGUCACUGUCCUCCUCACCGUCCUCCUCACCGUCCUCCUCACCGUCCUCCUCACCGUCCUCCUCACUGUCCUCCUCACCGUCCUCCUCACCGUCCUCCUCACCGUCCUCCUCACCGUCCUCCUCACCGUCCUCCUCACUGUCCUCCUCACUGCCCUCCUCACUGUCCUCCUCACUGCCCUCACUGUCCUCCUCACCGUCCUCCUCACUGUCCUCCUCACCGUCCUCCUCACCGUCCUCCUCACCGUCCUCCUCACUGUCCUCCUCACUGCCCUCACUGUCCUCCUCACUGUCCUCCUCACCGUCCUCCUCACCGUCCUCCUCACCGUCCUCCUCACUGUCCUCCUCACUAUCCUCCUCACUAUCCUCCUCACCGUCCUCCUCACUGUCCUCCUCACUGCCCUCCUCACUGCCCUCACUGUCCUCCUCACCGUCCUCCUCACCGUCCUCCUCACUGUCCUCCUCACUGUCCUCCUCACUGUCCUCACUGUCCUCCUCACCGUCCUCCUCACCGUCCUCGUCACCGUCCUCCUCACCGUCCGCGUCACCGUCCUCCUCACCGUCCUCCUCACCGUCCUCCUCACCGUCCUCCUCACUGUCCUCCUCACUGUACUCCUCACUGUCCUCCUCACUGCCCUCACUGUCCUCCUCACCGUCCUCCUCACUAUCCUCCUCACUGUCCUCCUCACUGUCCUCCUCACCGUCCUCCUCACUGUCCUCCUCACCGUCCUCCUCACCGUCCUCCUCACCGUCCUCCUCACUGUCCUCCUCACUGUCCUCCUCACUGCCCUCACUGUCCUCCUCACUGUCCUCCUCACUGUCCUCCUCACUGUCCUCCUCACUGCCCUCACUGUCCUCCUCACCGUCCUCCUCACUAUCCUCCUCACUGUCCUCCUCACUGUCCUCCUCACCGUCCUCCUCACUGUCCUCCUCACCGUCCUCCUCACCGUCCUCCUCACCGUCCUCCUCACUGUCCUCCUCACCCUCCUCACCGUCCUCCUCACCGUCCUCCUCACUGUCCUCCUCACCGUCCUCCUCACUGUCCUCCUCACUGUCCUCCUCACUGCCCUCACUGUCCUCCUCACUGUCCUCCUCACUAUCCUCCUCACUGUCCUCCUCACCAUCCUACUCACCGUCCUCCUCACCGUCCUCCUCACCGUCCUCCUCACCGUCUUCCUCACCGUCCUCCUCACUGUCCUCCUCACCGUCCUCCUCACCGUCCUCCUCACUGUCCUCCUCACCGUCCUCCUCACCGUCCUCCUCACCGUCCUCCUCACUGUCCUCCUCACUGUCCUCGUCACCGUCCUCCUCACCGUCCUCCUCACCGUCCUCCUCACCGUCCUCCUCACCGUCCUCGUCACCGUCCUCCUCACCGUCCUCCUCACCGUCCUCCUCACCGUCCUCCUCACUGUCCUCCUCACUGCCCUCACUGUCCGCCUCACCGUCCUCCUCACCGUCCUCCUCACCGUCCUCCUCACCGUCCUCCUCACUGCCCUCACUGUCCUCCUCACCGUCCUCCUCACUGUCCUCCUCACCGUCCUCCUCACCGUCCUCCUCACCGUCCUCCUCACCGUGCUCCUCACUGUCCUCCUCACCGUCCUCCUCACCGUCCUCCUCACCGUCCUCCUCACCGUCCUCCUCACCGUCCUCCUCACCGUCCUCCUCACUGUCCUCCUCACCGUCCUCCUCACUGUCCUCCUCACCAAUGUGCAACAGCCUGCAUGAGUUUUCCAGAUGGGCGCUCAGGCCCAUCCUGUCCCCACUCUCCCUGGAUGAGGCUCAGGCCCUCUUGGAGCCCAGUCUCGCUCUGCCCACCCUCCUCCAGCUGCCCCAGGACCCCCUGUCCUUGGAGGCCAAACCACAGCUCUGGGGCCUGAGCAAAGUGUCCCGGCAGCAGCUGGCUGUGAGCGCCCCUCUCCCAUCCGAGCCAGAGCCGCGCUGA